GAAUCUGGGGCAAGUAACAGGAGCUCACGAACCAUUGAAUGCUGACCUUUCUGAUCAACAAGUUCAGCUUAGCAAAUAAUAGAUCUUAUUAAUUAGGGGUUUUUUUUUUUAAAGAGAAGAGAAAGAGAAGUUUAUUUUUUUCUCUCUGCUAAUUACAUCACUGCACAGCUGAUAAAUGUAUCAUCUGAUAAAUGUAUCAUCUGCCUAAGAAUUAUCAAUAUGAUAUGCACCACUUUGAUAAUCAAAUGUAUCCCAUAUGGCAUUUUGAAUCCCAUGGGACUUACAAAAGUAAGUUUACACACAAUUCUAUGCUAACCUUUUCCACAAUUUAAAAUAGUAUUCAGUGCCAGCCCACGGGUUAAUUAGAAUAUAAGAAUUAUUUUGGCCCAGAAUGCUGGGGUGUGUUUUGACUGCAAUUAAAUUUGUAAUGGCUAUCAAAGGAUUUGUUACGUCAUUGUGUUGUUGGUUCAAACUGCUUCUGUGUUCCAAUAUUGAAACUUGCCCCUUGGGUCUUUAGGGGUUUUUUAUUGUUGUCACAAGAAUUGGCCACUACAAAGCAGAAGUUGCAAUAUAUCAUGCCCAUUAUACCCAAAUGAAUUAUCUAAAAAUAGUCCUACACCAAUCUAAUUUGAUGUACUGGGUUUUCCUUAGAUUAUUUUUUAAUAAAUUCAUUUAAAAAUGCUUGCCUUGUAUUUUAAAAUUUGGGAUUGCCUUUUGUUAAAUCCUAAAAUGCCAACGUGUGGUUUCUUUUUUCCCCUUGCCAAAAACAUACCAGUGUUCAAAUAUCCAUGUGAAAAGUUAAGAAAAAUACGGUGGGAUUUCUUUGACCUUAAUUCUACCACGUGUAUUUCGAAAAAGGCACCGAUAGGGCGGGGGCGGGAAGAGAGAGAGAAACGCGGAACGUCCUUGUCUUUGGAAAGAGUGGAGCGGCACUGCAGAUUGGCUCCAAUCGAGGUAACGACCAUUAAAUGUGGCUCGGCGGAGGGAGGCGGAGGUGGGAAAAGGGGUCUUCCCCGGAUUUGAAUUGAAGAAACAGAAGCCGAGAGGGGCAUCUAAUGGGCCACAGCAAGCCAUGACCCCAUCGCGCCAGGCGAGGCUUGAAUAACUGCAAUGCUCCCCGCCGCUUCUCUCUGCAGGAGCUGCCGCUGGCUGGCUGGGGUGAGCAAGCUUGCUUCUCUUCGCCUCCUGUCCUUCCUGUAAUGAAUGAUGCAGGAGAAAAAAGAGGCGGCGGUGGAAGAAGAGGAAGAGGAGGAGGAAGAAGAAGAGGGGGAGGCGGCUGCCACCGCCGCGGCUGCUCAUCUGAGGCACAAAUCGUCUGCAGCUCUUCCAGUAGGAGGAAAAGCAGCUUUGCCGCUAUGAGCUUACAUCACAAUCCUAGCUCUGGCUGCUGCCGCUUGUCUGGGCAGCAAGCAGGCGGGCAGCAUCUCAACGAGGCCGGAGGGGACGACCAGCGGCGACAUCAUCACCACCGGCAGCAGCAGCCCGAGACGAAGCGGAGGACGAUGCCCGCGGGCGGGGGCGGCGAAGGCCAGGCGUCCCCUAGGGUUGCCCCGCCGCAGCCGCCCCCACAUCCCGGCCGGCCUCUGCUCUCCGCUUCCCUGCCCUCGGCCCGGCCCUCCGUUGGGACGCUGCGUUGGGACGAGGUGCCCGACGACUUCGUGGAAUGCUUCAUCCUGUCGGGCUACCGGCGGCUGCACUGCUCGGCGCAGGAGUGCCUGGCCUCGGUGCUGCAGCCCACCAACGAGACGCUCAACUUCUGGACUCACUUCAUCCCUCUGCUGCUUUUCGUCGGGAAAUUCUGCCGUCUGCUGGUGUUGCGCGGGGCCGGCGACCUGCCUUUCCAUCACCCUGCGCUACUGCCGCUGUGGUGCUACGCCUCGGGCGUCCUGCUCACCUUUGCCAUGAGCUGCACGGCCCAUGUGUUCAGCUGCCUCUCGCUACGCCUGCGUGCCGCUUUCUUCUACCUGGACUACGCCUCUAUCAGCUACUACGGUUUCGCCAGCACGGUAGCCUAUUACUACUAUCUGCUGCCCAAGCUGAGCUUGCUGGAGCCGCGCAUGCUCAGUCGCUACCUGCAGCAGCGCCUGGGCUGGCACGUGGACUGCAGCGCGCCCAUCGCCACCUACAGCGCGCUGGUGCUGCCGGUCGCCUUCGUGCUGGCCGUGGCCUGCACCGUGGCCUGCUGCAAGAGCCGCUCCGACUGGUGCGCCUACCCCUUCGUCAUCCGCACCUUCGUCUUCGUCAUGCCGCUCAGCAUGGCCUGCCCCAUCAUGCUGGAAAGCCUCCUCUUCGACCUGCAGGACCACAGCCCCACCCUCUUCCUGCACUUCUACCGCCGCUACUUCUGGCUGCUGGUGGCUGCUUUCUUCAACCUCAGCAAGAUCCCCGAGCGGAUCCAGCCGGGUCUCUUCGACAUCAUCGGCCACAGCCACCAGCUUUUCCACAUCUUCACGUUCCUCAGCAUCUACGACCAGAUGUUCUAUGUAGAGGAGGGCCUGCGGCACUUCCUUCAAAGCCCGCCGCCCACCUCGCCUACGUUUACGGGCACCAUCGGCUACAUGCUGGGCUUGAUACUGUGCCUUGCCCUGGUCAUCCGGAGUUUUUUAAAUGGCCCAGAAGUCUGCAAACAAGAAUGAGAUGGAUUGCUGAAUUUUGUCCUGAUGGAAAAAAAAACAAG